AUGCACCCCACCAAGCCGUUCGUGCUCUUUUUCAACCCCGUCAAGUUUGCCCGGCCCUUCUACAAGCAACUCCAACAAGUUGCCCAUACGGAAGUCGUGAUACCUCAAAGCAGGAUAGAGUUCUUCCAGGACCUCCAGGACAAGUACAGGAAUAUCUUUGCCAUUUACCGAACGUCGUCCAGCGGCGCUACUUCAUCAAUCACCUCCCGUUCAGCUGCAAGUAUAUCUGCCACAAUGGCGCCGGCAAGCAAGCUUGAGCCCUCCAACACACACUGGCAAAUGGCUCUGACAAGCAGCAAAAGGCUACGACACCAUUGCUACAACCGCCUGCGCAACCGAGGCAUCAUCGUCACCAAUCCGCCAGAUCCAGUCACCGACGCAACAGCCGACCUCGCCGUAUUCCUCCUUGGUGCGCUCUGCCAGCUAAAUCCCGCCAUGGCCUCGCUACGCGCCGGCACAUUCAAAACCGGCGUCCAUGUCGGCAAUGAUCCGCAGAACAAGGAAGAAGCGGUACGAUGCGUUCGGCCUGAAACAAUCUACCACAAUCGGUCUCCAUUACCGGCCGCGCAAGCCGGCGGCGCGGAAGAGGUCUCGUUUGAGAACCUAUUGCGCCAAAGCGACAUUAUCACCAUGAAUGUGCCGCUGACUGCACGGACAACGCACCUUACCGGGCCUGCGGAGCUGGCGCGCAUGAAGGCCGGCGUGGUGAUUGUGAAUACGGCGCGGGGAGCGAUUAUUGAUGAGACGGCGUUGGCGGAGGCGUUGGAGAGUGGGCAUGUUGGGGCAGUGGGACUGGAUGUGUAUGAGAGGGAACCGGAGAUUCAUGAGAGGUUGCUUAAACAAGAAAGGGCGAUGUUGGUCCCGCAUGUUGGGACGCAUACCGCGGAGGCAUUGGGCAAGAUGGAGACGUGGGCGAUGGAGAAUUUGCGCCGGGCGGUUGUUGGGGAGGAUCUGCUGUCGCCUGUGUCUGAGCAUCAGGGGCUGGCUUUGAGCAGGGGAGUUUCCUUGUAG